AAUUCUAGCGGUUAUGUCAAUUCGGCCGAUAGCCAUGAAGUGCUUGAACAGAUAAUCAACAAGAACCUACCACCAGCCGAAAGUAUAAGCCAGGAAUCCAACGAGAAAUGCUGCGGCUUGGAGAGCGCCAUGAGAAAGCCACCAGCCGAAAGUAUAAGCCAGGAAUCCAACGAGAAAUGCUGCGGCUUGGAGAGCGCCAUGAGAAAGAAUGAUCCAAGUGGUGCCAUCUCUACAAUAGCGGAUGGACUCUAUUGUAUGAAACAUUUGGAGGAAAUCGAAGAGGGCGGCAUCUUUAAAUUCCGAUUUGCGCCAAAUUGUGUGCCCAACACGAGAAGGCAAUUUGUCGAGGUACCCUCUUCAAAGGUGGCAUGUGGGGAGGGGAGCUCACUUUGGGAAGUAUUCGGAGGAUUCCCCGAUGUUCUUGUUCUGGCCACCUUCGCACAUGGCUUUGUGCACAAGGAGCAUUACGCUCAACAGUUCAUCAAGUUGGGCGAAACAGCCGAAUCGUUGGGCGAGCGUUUCGGCAUCCGUGCCUCCACUGAACAGUCGGUGGAGGAUGUGAUAGCAGCAGCAACGGAAAGGAUCCUAGCUGGUCCCAGCAUGCCCAACAUCGGAACCAUUAUGCUCAUUGCUGGGGCUCUAAAGAGGGAGGUGAUCGUGCACCUGGAGGAUAGAAAAAUUUCAGCACCACCGUGCACAUGUUUGGACUUCUUUGACGGAAAGGAGGUGCAUGUGUACGUGGACAGAGGCGGAAGGGCAUACCAUCUGACGACAAAAACUGGUGAUGAAAAGACCAACAUCAUGAAGGAGGCGAACAGAUUUGAAACAGAAGAUCCUGACAGAAGAGUCAUACUAUAUAAGAGACUUUUCGUAACAGCAACAGAACUCCGAGCUGUUUUGGCUAAUGAAUGGCUUGACGACCAUGUCGUCGACACAUGUCUUUGCAUCUUCAAAGACGAAAAAGACGCCCAGACGGUGGUCAUGCUGGCAACCACGGGGAUUCUGCUCCAAGCUAAAACACCACAGUACCAGAAAUUGAAGAAAAUGACAUCCUUCCUGGGGAACAUGAUUGUUCCCAUAUGCACAGGGACUCACUGGUACCUUCUUGCAGUGGGACCAGAGCAUGCCUGGGUUCUCUGUUCCAUGGGAGGGCGGUACCGGGUGCUAGAGAGGAACAUAAAACGACUACUAGGAAAGACAUGUAUCUACCCUAAGGUUCCUAAACAGACAAAUGGCCGAGACUGUGGCGUGUUCACAGUGAUGUAUGGUGUGGGUCUACUGAAGGUACACCAUCAUGUCUGA